AUGAAAAGGCACCAAGAUAUCGUGGAAGAGUUUGACUAUCUUUUUGAUGAAUUUGGUAAUUACACUCAUCCCUUUGAGUAUUUUCAAGGAGAGUUGGAAUUGGAAGAGAAGGCUCACCUGGGAGCUGUGCAGUGGAUUUCCCUUGUGUUAUAUAGUCUAGCAUUUGUCCUUGGGGUGCCAGGAAAAGCCAUCAUCAUCUGGUUCACAGGGUUUAAGUGGGAAAAGACAGUGGCUACUCUUUGGUUCCUCAAUCUGGCUGUCACGGAUUUCAUCUUUGUUGUCUUCCUACCUCUUUACAUCUCCUAUGUGGCCAUGAAUUUCCAUUGGCCCUUUGGCACCUGGCUGUGUAAAGCCAACUCCUUCAUUGUGUUGAACAUGUUUGCUAGUGUGUUCUUCCUCACGGUGAUCAGCCUGGACCAUUAUAUUCAUCUGAUUCAUGCUGUCUUCUCUCAAUGUUACCGGACGCUAAAGAACACCCUUUUUGUCAUUUGUGUAGUCUGGCUGGUGGCGUUUAUGAUCAGUGGCCCUACCCUGUGCUUCGGAGAAACUCUUGACCUCAACAACCACACCAUCUGCUACAACAAUUUCCACCAGAGUGAUGCCGGCAUUGUUUUAAUGAGGCACCAUGUUCUGACCUGGAUAAAAUUUGUUUUGGGUUACCUCCUUCCCCUGCUCACCAUGAUCAUCUGUUACUCACUUCUUGCCCUCCAGGUGAAGAGGAGAGCAACCUUGACCACCAGCAAGCACUUCUGGACCAUACUGGCCAUGGUGCUGGCCUUUGUGAUUUGUUGGAUUCCCUUUCACCUCUUUAGCAUUUGGGAGCUGUCAGUUCACCACAGCAGCCACUUCCACCACAUGCUUCAGGUGGGACUCCCACUCUGUACUGGUCUGGCCUUCUUCAAUAGCUGCCUGAACCCUCUUCUCUACAUCUUGAUUAGUAAGAAGUUCCAAGCUCGCUUCCGGACUUCAGUUGCUGAGCUCUUAAAGCAUGCAUUACGUGAGGUCAGCUGGUCUGGGACAACAAGCCAACAGUUUAAACACUCAGAGGCCAAGAAUCUGUGCCUCCUAGAAAUGGCUCCAUGA